AUGGCCAAUUUAAUCGCGUUGAGGCACGCACGAGGACAAAUCAAGGGCAGGAUAACUCGAUUCGCUACAUGGCUCAACUCCUUCGAUCCACUCACAGGUGACUUCGGAAGCUUGCUAUCACGGCUUGACGAAGCAGCUAAUAUCAUAGCAGAGUUCAACGAAAUGCAGAAUAAGAUCGAGGCAAUUGACCAAGAAUCGAAUCACGAUGAAGAACGCCUUAACUUCGAAGAUUCCUACCACACCACAAUAGGUAGGGCAAAAACGCUCUUGCAACGUCACACCAGUGCUACGCCCAACUCGGUAAUCACAAAUCAAACCGGAAAUAUAGAUUAUCCAAUGAUCGGUUCUGGCAUAAAAUUACCAACGAUGAGCUUACCUACGUUCAACGGUAAUUAUAACCAAUGGCUAAAUUUCCGCGAUACGUUCAAGGCUUUGAUCCAUGACAACCCAGCGAUAGCCGAUAUCCAAAAAUUCUACUACCUGCGGUCUUCACUUAAAGACACCGCAGCAGACGCGAUCGAUUCGUUAACAGCAUCCGCGGAAAACUACAAAACUGCAUGGGAAAUGCUGACGAAACGAUUCAACAACACGAAGCUCAUGAUAAGUCGGAAUCUUCAAUCGUUAGCCGAAACUCCUUCGAUACCGAAAAAAUCGGGUCCAGUGUUACGACAAAUGCUUGAUCACGCUCAGAAGCUCUCGCGGUCCUUGAAGAUUCUGAAGGCAAAUACGUGGGACGCAGUAUUCACGUAUCAUAUUAUCAGCAAGAUGGACAACACGACGAAACGCGAGUGGGAAUGCUUCACGAAGGAUAUCGACAUGCCGACAGAAGCUCAAUUAAUCGAAUUUUUGGAAGAACGGUGCGCAAUAGUGGAUACGGACGUGGCUGCAAAGACGCCAAUUAAAUUAAACUCCUCCGGUAAUGUGCGACAAUCGAACUCCAGACGGGACAAUACUAGUUUUACAGGUGUCUCAACAGACUCUUCAACGUGUAAGGUGUGUGAAAACUCCCACGAAGUGUACAGGUGUCCAGUGUUUAGGAAUUUAUCGGUCGCGUUGCGGACAACUGAAGUCAAAAAGCAUAAACUUUGUAUGAACUGUUUGAGAUUACAUAAUGGAAAGUGUACCUUCGGCCGAUGCCGAAAGUGUAACAGGUUCCAUAAUACGUUAUUACAUAUGGAUUCUGAUCAGCACACAUUAAAUGCCAAGGAAUACAGUGCACCUACACCAGAUCCAGAGCAUCCACGAUCUUCUGGCAACAAUGUUCAGAAGAUGCGACCUUCCGACGGAGCCAGUACCUCCCAAUCGACGGCCCCAUUCACAGGUGCGGUAGGCACCGCAAAAUCCCAAGUACUGCUGUCCACUGCCUUGAUUUUUGUGGAAGACAGGUACGGGAAAUUACACGAAUGUCGAGCACUUCUCGUCUCAGGGACCCAGUCAAACCUGAUGACUAGGGAACUCAGCGAUCGACUAUCCUUACCUAGGGAACGAUUCAACCUGCCAAUCGGUGGCAUCAACAAUACUUCUACGAAAGUACACGAACGAUUACAAUUAACGAUACGAUCGCGACAGCACGCCUACAAGAGCACGCUGUCGGUCCUCGUCAUCGACGAGAUUGUCACGCAGCAUCCCGCCACGUGGAUCGACGCAAAACUAUUGCGUAUACUGGAGAAUCUGACCCUGGCCGAACCAACUUUCAAUCGUCCAGGCAGAAUUGACCUCCUCAUCGGUGCAUCAAUCUUCUGGGAACUUAUAUGUGCAGGUCAAAUAAAAUUGACCGACGGACAACCCAUUAUGCAGAAAACACAGCUUGGUUGGAUUAUCUCCGGAGAAGUUGCCGUCGAACAUCACGAGAAGAAUCAGACUCACCAAGUUUGUGGAUUCGUUACCAACGAACAAAUCAACGAUCAAUUGCACCGUUUCUGGAAAUUGGAGGAAUGCAACGAAAGAUCACAUUACACACGUGAAGAACGGGCCCUAGCAAAGGUCUGCAUACUUCCCUUAGAGGAGCACGAAUAG